UGUUGUCUAAGGCUAACGCGUACAAGCAGGAGUGCCGUCUGAAGCUGCACAUUAACGACUAAGCUCUGCUUGCUGAUUCAGAAGUAAGACCCAGGGUGCUCAACAAAGUAAGACAGUACGCUCUGCUCUCUGAUCGCGAGAAUAUGACAUCUGAACAGAUAGAAACAUCCUCCUACGACAAGUUCAACGCCAAGAGCUACCUGACGCGUAACUACCGCGCAAGGCCUGAUGGGAUACCUGACUCUCCCGAGGACUGGUUGCCAUGGCUACUCAAGAACCUGAAGGACACCUUCGCGGGGGGUAAUCUGUCUGGUGAGAGGCUGCUGGAUGUUGGGACCGGCCCGGCCAUCCACAACCUGAUAUCUGCCGCCCGCCACUUCCCGAACAUCACAUGUGCAGAGUUCUGUCAGGAAAACAGGGAAGAGGUUGAGAGGUGGAUUCAUGGAGAGGAGGACGCGUUCGACUGGGACCCUUUCAUCAAAUAUGUGUGUGGACUGGAAGGGGAGGAUGACUGGGAAGCCCGCAAGGAGGCGCUGCGUGACGCCAUCCAACACGUGGUGUUCUGUGACGUCAGGGACAAGAACCCCCUGGGGGCGAUGAACGGUGGUCCGUAUGACGUCGUCAGCAGUAUCUUUACAUUAUGUGGAGCAGCGAAGGAUAAGGCUGAUUUUGACGAGAUCGUUCUAAAUGUGGGUUCUCUGGUGAAGCCUGGCGGAACUCUGAUCCUCGUUUGUGACUUGGAGGCGACUCAGUACUCCGACGGUGACAUAACCUACCCGCACACGUUCCUGGAGGCCUCUUACAUCAGGCAAGCCGUCAGGAACAGCGGUUUCACGGACGUAGAGGACGACAUUCUGGACUUCAGAAGUACCGAGGGUCGACCGGGUCUGAACUGGAACGGAACCGGUUACAUCUACCUCACCGCACGCAGGUGUUCAGAGUAGUAGUGUCAGCUACUGUCAAAACUUCUCAAAUACCACUCAGAGCCAGUCAGAGGACCAAAUCUAGUUUAUGUGGAGACACUAGUGAUCCAGGAUUCGUGAUGCCUGUGUGUGUGAAUGGGAAAAGUAACGUAUCCAAAAGUGGUCAUAAUGGCUAACUGGUCGUUAUGUAGAGGUGGUAACUUGUACAGGCUUGACUGUACAUCAAUGGCCAAGUGGUUGUUAUACACAGGUUUAACUGUACUAGUAUAUCAAUGACUAGGUGUUCAUUAUGUACAGGUUGUCAGUUGUAAAGGUUUGACUGCGCAUCAAUGGGUGGUCUUAAUAUAUAGAGAGAUAUGGUGACUGGUGUAGUCUAGGUUGUGUCUAUGUUUUCCUUCCAGACUCCUUUGUCUGCUAAUGGAAAAAAAAAUAGAACUUGGCCAAUUGGCUCAAUAAUUCUAUUAGUAGUAAUUAUAAGCCAUCCAUAGAGGUGCAGUUGUCAGCAAACUUCUCUGACAAAUCAUUAAGUCCACUUAAUACUUCUAUGGCAUGGUAAUCAGGAUAGCAAAGUGGUCUGGUAGAGACUCUCUCUCUCUACUGACCAUCCCAACCAAGUACUUACAUGUAUGAGUAACAGUGGCUUAGUUUGUAGAUGUGAAAUGGAAUAAUGUGAAAUUGUAACACUAUAAAUGGAGAUCAAAAUAAGGCAAACAAAUUGUGGAGAUGGAGGAUGACAUAUAAUAAAGUGACAUUAGCAUAA